GUUUAUUAAGUCACUGUAACCAACCAUAGAGGACCUUGCGGACAAUAGUCACUUCCAAAAUAAGCAUGUUGUGUUUUUUUGCCUAUAUUUAGUCUAUACAAUCAGUUGUGUUAAAAUUAUACAAUAGAAGAGUAGCAAAGUGAGCAAAGUGGAAAUUAGAAAGUGGCACUUGAUUUGAAUUUAAUUGUAAAUUCGUGAAAAUGGAAAAAGAAAGCUUUAAAAAAUUUGGCAGUCUCACAACACUUUGUAGAAAAAUCAUUGAAGAACCGCGUGAUUUGAAAUUGCUGGAAGAAUUAAAAAGAAUGAUUCAAGAAGCCCCCCAAACUUUCAUUAGGGCUGCUGAAAAGCCCUUGAUUAUGAGUUUCCUUCCUUUUAUGCAAAAUCGAGUGCAAAAUCCUUCUAAUACUAAGGAAAAUGGCAUUUCAGAAAAAGGAAAAUUGCUUAUUAUAGAAACUUUGAAUGAGCUAUUGGAUAAACUAAUAAUUGAUAAAUGCAAUCAAUUUUUCAAUUUUUAUACAUUUUUAUUGUUGGAGUUGUAUAACUAUAAAGAUCACAAAGUUCUCCCUAGUACUGAAGAAUACAAAUUAGCAAUCCUGAAAUGCAUGACCUCACUGAUAAAUUCAGUCUCCCCAGACAUACUGGAAGAACUCUAUGUCAAAGAAAAUGUACCUAAAUUUUCUCAAAUAGUUUAUGUUUGCAGUCAAAUUGCUGAAGACGAUGUUGCAAGAAAUAUUAGAAUCAGUGCGAUAACAUGUAUAAUGGCUAUGGCUCGUGUCUCGAAUCCUGAAGAUAUUAGUGAUACAGUCAUCCAAAGAGACAUUGCAAACGUUUUUAUGUUUUUCCUUCCAGGGUUACAGCGUACCCUUCCUAAAAUUGCUUUAGAAGAUCCUAAAGUAGGGCAUGUUAUUCCAAUGAUGUCAAUAAGAGCCCUAGGAAGAAUUAUAAAUUUGGUGAUGCAGGAUUUUAAUUCAGCUGAUGAAAAAUUCAAUUAUAAUGAAAAAUUGUUGUUAAAAGACUAUAAAAAUAUUUCUUUAGUGGGAAAGUUGAACAGUAAAAAGGAAAUUGAUCAAUAUAUGCAAAAUACUAUAAGAAAUUCGCAUUGGUAUAAAGACACAGACGAAAAAUUGAAUAUUUCGUUGAAGAAACUUGGAAAAUUAACUUUUCAUAGGCAUCUCAAAGUUAGACUAGAAAUGGCUGAUAUGGUAAUAACUAUAAUCAAAAACUGUGUAACGACAAUGCCUCAGUCAAGUUGUACUUUGAUAGAACAUUUAAUAAUCCUCUCUCAAGAUGCAGAUGCUAAGGUAGCAACAAAAAGUAUAAACGCUAUCCAAGACUUGUCCAAAAGCUUGUCCGCCGAUCAUUUAAAAGCUUUACUAGAGACCUUAGAGGAUGGAUUUUAUAAUGCUAUUAAUAGUUUGCCAAGGAAAUUAAAUACUAUAGAUGAAGCUGAGAAAAUAGCUACACUAAAUUUACUCAUCGGCUAUAUUAAGUUGUUUGGUAAACACAAUAUGAUUAACGUUCUAAUAUCCCCUGAUAUGUUAAAAUCUUUAGUAGACGGGCUUUUGCAUAUAGUAGAACUUGAACGGAAAAAUAUAAGUUUGUUGGAGGAAUACACUUUUAAAGAUUUAUCUUCAGAAGCAACUUUCAAAUGUCCUUGGAUAAAUUUCCAUUACUUUGAAGACUUCAAGGGAAAAAAUCAAAUUGAUAUAUUAUGUCAAGAGUUAGUGAAAAAUAAUUGUUUUCAAAUGAUUUACGAAUCACUAACUCCCUUAAUCCUUUACAACUCGGAAUGUAAAAAAGAGGCCGUAUAUUUGCUUAAUUCACACAUUCUAGGCCUAAAAGACAUGCAAAAUACCCAUUUACCUAUUUUAAAAUCCAUAAUAAAGGCCUACACAGAAGAUCCCCUAAAUGAUCUGAACACUUCACUAGAUACUGAAGAAUUUACUCUAGAAGAAAUACAAGCAAACGUUAUAACGAUUUGCCUUUUAACUGAAGGGAUUGGUAAUAUAAGUAUUGUUCUAAAAGACAAAUUCAAGCCUUGUCUUCUAGAAACUUUGUAUAUGGUUUUAGAGAAGGCAGGUAGUGGUCAUCCUUUGAUAAGUGUAGCAGGUUUACUAACUCUCCAUAAUUUAGUCAAAUCUUGUGGAUAUAAAGAUGAAGCAGACCUAUUAAAUUCAAAUUUUGACUUCUUUUCGUUUCACGUUCAAAAAAAAUUAACCAAACCAGACGAUAAAGAUGGAGUUUUGAAUGUACUUUCAGUGGUUUUGCAGUACAGUAAUGUUGAUGUAUUAAUUCCUAUGAAAAAUCUUACAGAAGAGGUUCUAGUGAUAUCCUGUGAUAGAUUCAAAGAACAGUAUGCAACAGCAUACUUGAGAGUCUUUAAAAUGUUCAUCAUGAGCUUACGCAGAUGGUUUAUUGUAGAUGAUUAUUCGGAAAAAACAAUAAAAUCUCGUAAAGAAAAAGAAUUGGAACAAGAACAUUAUAAGGUAUCAGGAUUUGAUGAGAGCAAUGAUUUUUCUGAUGACAUAAUGGGAGGCAAAAGUGCUGAAGAAAUGUAUAAAGAAGAUAUGGAGAAAAUCGAACAAGACUGUGAUGUUAUGGAAGAAAAAGAAAAACCUACUCCACCAAUGCAUGUACAAUUAACCACAUUAAUCCUUACCAGAAGCCUACAUUUCUUGCCAUCGAAAAUCCAAUCUAGAAAGUUUCUGGUGCUAGAAAUUUUAGAAAAAGGAAUUGAAAUUUUAAGAGAUUGGGAAGAUGAACUGCUGCCAGUUAUCCAUCAAAUAUGGUCACCUCUAAUGCCAAGAUUUAGUGAAGAUAGUGAUGCUAUUACAAUGAGGUUGAGUAUCCAAUUGGUUGCAACAAUGGCCAGAUUAUCGAAAGAUUUUAUCCAUAGGAGAUUUAUUCAAGAGCUUUUGCCUAGACUCAAAGACAUUUUAGAGAAAUCAGCCCAAACUAGCUAUCUAAAAGAUAAAGGGUCAACUUACAGAUAUAGUCAAAAUUAUAAAUUGCAAGUAGAACUAUUAUCAAAAAUUGGACCAAUUUUGUAUGAUGUAGAUGUCAUGCCAGAGACUAUUAGUGAUGUUAUUGAUAAAGUUCAGUUUUAUCUUUCUGAUAAGCAACCAAAGGAAUUGCAAGCAGCGGCUGUGGGUUUUUUUAAAAUGAUGUUGAUAUAUGAUAUGAAUGCAGUGAAAACAAAAAUAAUAACCAUACAAUCUUUAAGUGUAGAGUAUAUUAAGAAUAUUGAGAGGAUACAAAAGUAUAUGGAAGAAACAACCGACAUCAACUGAAUGAAUGUCUAUUGAAAACAAUCCCCCAGUUAUAUUAAUACUUGAUGAAAAAAACUUAUGUGAUUAAAAAAAAAAAAGACGAAUAGUUAUCUUGCAUCAAAUCAAUAAACUUGAAGGGAUCCAAAAAAAAAAAACGCCCCGCUACCGAGAAAUUUCUUAUGUAAGAAGCUCUUUGACUAACAUAAUAAAGAACCUACACUAAGUCUCCACAGUGAGGUAAUCACAAAUUUCUUCGGGUCUGGAUCAGAGGACUAUAGGAUAUCCAUUAGACUUCGAGUGAAUGGGGUUUUCAUUGAGCUUGUUUACCAUUUUUCCCUGAAGCUUGGAGUAUGUGAUUGGGGCAUGUGACAUUAAACAUUAUUAUUUUAAGCUUGCCAUAAGUUCUAAAUAAACGAAUAAAUAAAAGUAAGACUAAGAUUAUUUUUUAUUUUAGAAAUAAUCUCGAAAAGGAUCAUCAAUUUUUAAGCUCCCCAAUUGAGAUUAUCAACAUUCUACUAACUAACCCAAACUAACCCAAACUCAUAUUUAGGGUUGUUUUCUUUUGUCUCUAAAAAUGUUACGCUAAUGGCCAAAAUAUCCUGGGUGCGAGGAAGUUUCACUUGCAGACAAAAUCAUAUAAGGGUUAGAAGAAAAACAAAAAUAUCCUAUUUUUUAGAUAAUUGUAUUUAUAAUACAAAAACAUUGCACACUUUCUACAUAAAAUUAAACUUUUUACACUUGUAAAAAAUAACAACAGAGUCAUACUCCUUCAAUUAAAAAUAAUUAUUACCAAUACAUAUUACUUUAACUAUAGUCUAUCUGCUACUUCACUAAAAAAAAAAACAAGGACAGUCUUGAUACAGCUACGCCCUCACAUUGUUGAUUAAUUAGCUUGUACAAUACAAUUAUGUUUAGUUAACAAGGAUUAUAGGAAGAGUUGCAUGAAGCAACUUUGUUGGCAUUUUAAUGUGACAGAAGAAUUAAUAAUUAUUGUUAUCCUGUACAUACAAUUAAAAUUAGAAAUAUUUUGGGGUUGAAUAGUAUUGAUUGAGUUAUUAGUAUGGGAAUAUGCUCAAUGUCUGUACAAAUAAUUGUAGUUUCUGACAAAAAUCACUAUGUCGCUUCAUUGAAAGCGAAUACCAUCUUACAUGGUUCGGACUUAGUUUGCGCAUAGAUGUACAAACCUAUAGCUUUUAACAGUCAAUGUGUUCAACGAUCCUUUCACUUUUCAUGGGUAUCUUCCCAUCCUAAUAACUCAAUCAACGAUAUUGAAUGUAUUUUUUAAAUUAUGCUAUACUUUAUCACAGAUAUUUAGAUAUAAUAAUUCAAACUGCAGGGCACGAAAUGUUCAAUAAAUGAUUUAAAUAUAAUAGUAAUUUACCUUACCAAGGCCGGGAAGCGACUUACUAAAGUAAGAGUUGAGAUGUAUAUGAUUUAAGAAUUUCAUAAAUUGUGUUUUAAUAAUACCUCCACCUGUGCCUAAUACAAAGUUUUCUUCCAUAUUGACAGUUAAUGCUGAGUCUGGUAAAUUGCUCAAUACAGUACAGAGUAUGGAACAAAAAAAAAUACCGGACUAUAAUGAGCAAUUUUCUGGACUCCAUGGAAUGAAUAAUUGUGGUUAUUUUCAAACGUCAUAUAAUAGUAAUUGAUGUGUCGAUUGGGAUAAGUGUUGCAUUAUAGCUAUUCAUGUACCAAGGGGAUUAUGUAGAUUAUAAUGCCCGAAGGUGAAACUAGCCGGAGGGAUAUAUUUCGCUUGAGAGGCAUUAUAAUCUAAAAAUCCCCAUAGUGCAUACAAUACUUUAUUUUCUACUCAACACAAUGUUCUUUCAUCAAUUUAGUAUCAAACAAAAUCAGUUAAACUUGUUUGACAGAAUAUUGUUUUGUAUUUUGGCAUGUACCUGUACCUAGAAACGAAACAAUUUAAUAUAUCUAUAGUAUAAACAUCUCAUAAGGCAAGGCAACGGUGGUCGUGUGGGUUAACACACUCGACUACAUGGGAAACGUUGAUUGUGGACCGAGUUCGAAUCCUGGGGCCUUAUUCUCUAAGGAACUAACCAUCCGAUUCGGUAGAAUUUCUUCGAUUGUGACGUCAUUUUCGGUUUGCUUCUCGCGCUAACAAACUGAAAAUGACGUCACAAUCGAAGAAAUUCUACCGAAUCGAACGGCUCGUUCCUUACAGAAUAAGGCCCCUGGCCAGACCGAAAAUUAUUUUCGGUUGGACAUGUAGUGGCUGCUUAGGGUGAAGUGCAAAUUAUUAAAACAACAACAAAAACACCUCACGGUAUUAUAAGCGGGCGUUAUGGAUCAUUACGCCCGCUGGGCUUAUAAUGCCCUCAGGUUGUUAUAGGUAUGUUAACGUAUUUCGUUUCCUAGGUAUUAUGGAUCUAUAAUAGUUAAGUAGAAAAUAAUAGCUAUUUAUGUACCAAGGGUAUUAUGUAGAUUAUAAUGCCCGAAGGCGAAAUAUAUCCCUCGGGCCCUAAAAAUUCCCGUGGUGCAUACAAUGCUUUAUUUUCUAUUCAACACAAUGUUCUUUCAUCAAUUUAGUAUCAAACAAAAUCAGUUAAAUUUGUGUGACAGAAUAUUGUUUUCUAUUUUGACAUAUACCUGGUAUCUGUACCUAGAAACGAAAUAAAUUAAUAUAACUAUAAACAUCUCAUAAGGCAAGGCAACAGUGGUCGUGUGGGUUAACGCACUCGACUACAUGGGAAACGUUGAUGGUGGACCGAGUUCGAAUCCUGGCCAGACCAAAAAUUAUUUUCGGUGGGACAUUUAGUGGCUGCUUAGGGUAAAGUGCAAAUUGAUAAAACAACAACAAAAACACCUCACGGUAUUAUAAGCGGGCGUUAUGGAUCAUAACGCCCGCUGGGCUUAUAAUGCCCUCAGGUUGUUAUAGGUAUGUUAACGUAUUUCGUUUCCUAGGUAUUAUGGAUGUAUAAUAGUUAAGUAGAAAAUAAAUUACUUUAAGUGAUGUAUAAAGGAGUAUUCUCGCUUAUGCUGCAUCAUAACUACAUUGCACUUCAUUGUACCGCAAAGUGCUGCCUCGAAAGUUAAACAUGUUGCUUUUCAAACGGUGUAUAAUGACAGAGAAGUUAUCCAUUAUAUAUAAAAGAAAAUUGGUCAGGUUAAAGCAAGCUGCGGUGCGGUGCAGUGAAGUUUGAUGCUGUGCAAGUGAGAAAACUCUAAUCUUAUAAUCCGGCAGAGUAUAACACUUACGGUGCUCAAGCUUAACUUAACCGUAGUUUACCUCCAAGAAGAUGUUGCAACAAAAUAUAUUGUCACCUUCAUCAGCAUAGGUUUUAUAUGACGGUCUUUCAACAUAACCAUUACUAUGUUAGCGCCAAUAUUCACAAAUUUUUCGACUUAGAUAUAAAUCGUUUGAAAAUAAAGGCUGUGGUCCGAAUACAACCAGGGUUGUGGUUUCGCGGUCCAGAAGUAAUCAAAUUAUUCUGGUUCCUGGAAAAAUGGUUACUUUUGGACUUUGGUUUCCUGAAAUCUGGUUAACCAAAUAUCAAAAUAGUUACCGGCUACCGGAUGUCGGUUCUCUUGGGCUUAUCUGUAAUUUCUGUCAAUUAUUUUUUAUUUCAUAUUCGCGUUCCCCAAGUAACCGGAAUUAUCAGUAACCAUCUGUCAACCGAUUCGGUUACUUUGGUUAAUGUUUGGUUAUAUUCGGACCAUAGCCAAAAUAUUGUAUUUCAUUCGAAGUAUAAGUUACUUUUAUGGAUAAAAUUCGCCUUGCUGCGCUCAGCAUUUAAACUCCGAUACUCCGUCACAUAAAGUAUAACUUAUAAUCCUAAUAAAAUAAAUAUCUAUUUUUAUCGACAACAGUGUCAGUGGUGUAAAACAUAAUGAACCAGUGGCGGCUCGUCGUAUAAAGCAACUGAGGCCGGGCCUCACAUGUAAAAAUUACAAUAAUAAAGUAAAAUUUUUAUUAAAUAUUUAACGUUUUUCAACUAUUUUCAAUCAUUAAAAGAAUCAAAACAUCGAAUUUUCAUUAAAAUAUAAUACUAUUUCUUGAAUCUAGCGCGCGCUUCUACCUAUUUAUCCUUAUAGGCGCUCAAAUCGUUGCCGGACAGCAUUAAAAUAAAAUAGCAAUCCCAAAAAUUUUGGCCUCAUGUGCGUCACAGAACGCCGAAGCGAUGCCACGGCACUCCCCACCACAACGCUUCAACUGUAGGUGAGACGAUAGCGAAUUUUUAUAGGCAUUGAGGCGCACAAUUUUGGGCUUGUUAAUAAGAAACCUUGCAUCGCUUGCUGCUGCGACAAGUAUUUAAUUGGUUAAUUGGCUCAUAUUUUUUAUUUUGGUCUGUUGCGGGUUAAAAAACUGUUUUUUGGAAUUUAUUUUGUUAAUUUGAAACUCAAUAUUUGUAUUAAAAUAAGAAUUAGGUAGCUACUGCUGUUGUUUUGUAACUGUAAGAAAUGAAAAUUUUCAUUAGAAAUAUACAAAAAAAAAUAUCCGAGAUGUUCUUUUGAUGAAAUUUUGGGUCAAAAUUUGGGCGUAACACUUGAAAAUUUUCUUUGGGUUUGUUUGGGUUAACUUGAUGGGCCAUGGGCCUCACCAGUUUGGAUUGUCACGAGCCGCCACUGUAAUGAACUGAAAUAUAUUUUGUGAAAAUUAAGACAUCAAAACUAAAACUUACAAUAUCCGACUGUCAUCAACAACAUAAUAUUGUUACCCAUUCAUUAAGUAUUGAUACAAUACAGUCUAUUUAAAACAAAUUUAUUUAUUGUCCUUAUUGCUAUGUCCACUUAAUUGCCUUUCGAUAGCUUAGGACCAUUCAAUUUCCAUAAUAGCCUAACUGAACAUCUUUUAAUAAAUAAAAAUAAUAAAAUUUUCUUCAUGCAAAAAUAAAAACUUGAUAACCAGGAGACCCAAUGCUUGAGAAUCCAUUCAGUCUUUGUUUUGAAAAGACUUUGAAGCUUUGUGUAUUUUUAUUAGAGAUAUUUGAAGUGAUCGCCAUAUCUAACAGUAUUUCUCAAAAUGUUUUUUUAUUAUUCUGGAACAGAACCUCAGAGGUUGUGCUUGCGUGGUGUAAAUAUUCCAGAAAUCACACAUAAAAAUCUGCCUUGUUUAUUUUGUUGUUUAAUCCAUUAAGAAUUUAUCAAUUAGGUUCAGGUUAGAUAAAUAGAAGCCGAAACGACAAACUGAGAAAUGGGGAAUUGGGCAGGAUUGGCUCAAUCAAAGUAAUAUUAGAAGUGACCCUGAGAGAAUGCAAUCACGCGUGUAGUACAAAGAACGAAAACUAGAAAAAUAUUUUUUCUACUACCGUGCGUAAAGUACUCACUUUACGCACUAUUCAGAAGACGUAAAAUUUCAUUUCAUAUGUAAUCCACUUUACACACUUGUUGCAUAAAUAACUAUUAUUUUGAACCAUAUAUAUAUGUAAUUUUCACUUUUCUUACUGGUAUUAUGAAGGUUUGAAAAUGUAUCCUUACUUUUGUUUACUUUAAAGCAGGCCGAAAAUGACAGUUCUCCCGUCACUUUCGGCCUGGAGAACUCACUUUCAGCCUCAUGAAUUAUUCUUCCACACCUUAACACGAAUCCAGGUGCAAUGUUUGUAUCUAGAAGUAGAUGUCACAUGUGUUUAUAUUGUUGAAAUUUCAUAAGAUGUCAAUGUCGGUGUCAGAGUUAAUCUGUGAUCAGAGUGUCGAAAUUCCAUUUUUGUCAUAUUUUUACCAUUUUUUUUCCAAUAAAUUAAUGGUUCAAAAUAAAAUAGUAUAGAUAUUUCGCUGGAAAGUUUUCACAUAUAUUGUUUCGAGAAUUGGUUGACCUCGGCGCUUCGCACCUCGGCCAUAGUACCUCUCGACAAUAAUGAAACACUUUCCACCUCUGCAUGUAAUAUACUAUUACUACAGUCGGGCUCCUUUUCAAUAGUACUAGGAAUUGUGUUUGACCACAAGCUAACUUUUGUGGAUCAUAUUGAUUAUAUUUGUAAUAAAGCUCUGAAAAUGUUAGAUUUUGUAAAAAGACAUACCAAAGAUUUCAAAAAUGUAUUUGCUCUCAAAACUUUGUAUGUGUUUCUUUAGAUCUCAACUGGAGAAUAAUACUUAUGUAUGGCCACCAUACUAUCAGUGUCAUAGAGAUAGACUAGAAAGAGUGCAGCGCAAAUUUUUGUGUCACAAUAGAUUCAGAUUGGGACUUGAUGUUGAAACAUAAAUACUUAUGAUCUUCUGAACAUGCUGAAUAUAGAGUUUUUGAAUAAAAAGGAGAAUUAAUUUUGAUAAAGUAUUUAUUUAUGAAAUACUAAAUAACAAUAUAGAUUGUAGUGACCUCCUGUAACUUGUUCAUAUUCAUACUCCUGCUAGAUCACUUGGAGUUGUGAAUACAUUUAGUAUUGAAAACAAUCGCACCAAUUAUGGUCAAUUCUUAUCCAUAAAUAGAAUGAUGUCUCAUGCAAAUGAAUUGAGAAAUGACUUGUUUCCUUGUACUUCCUUAGGGCGGCGCUUAAUAAUCAAUAGAUUAGGUACCUAACCUACAUAUUUUAGUGAUUUGAUCAUCAAAUCACUAAAAUAUAACAAUGGAACAUCAAAUUUUGAUGUUCCAUUGUUAUUUUUAUGAUUGGUGUAAAUGUAGUUUGUAUUUUAUAAUUUGUUUGUCAUAUAUUGUGUAUUUGAAUUUUUUUCAACAUUUUAUUCUUAGAUCUAUUUUUUGUAAAAUUGGAAUAUUCCCGUUGAUGAAUAAAUAAAUAAAUAAAUAAAUAAAGUAUAUAUCACUAUCACAUAUAUAAAAAUCCAUGUUUGUUUGUUUGUUCGUUGUUCAUGGACUCGGAACCGCGGAACCGAUCUCCUUGAAAUUUAUACCAUGUAGUCUCUAUACUGGGUGCCCACGAGAUUACUUUCCGGCUGCCAUUUUUUUAUUUUUUCAUUGAUAUCAACGAAACUUGGUAGGCUUGAUAUUCUAACGAAAUGCCAUUUUUGUGCAUUUAUGACAAGUUUUCCUGACUUCCGGUUUUACCGGAAAUUACCGAAACUUUCGAUUUUCAAAUGGCACACCCUGUAUAUUUUUUGUUUAUUGGAUUCUACAGAUCGUUUUAAGUCCUAAUGUACUACUUUUAAAUCGAACUUUGUCCAAAUUUCGUUUUCAAAUUGAAUUUUAAGUAGAAAAAAAUAAUAACCUACAUAAUAAAACAAAAAUAUUUGAACGAAUAUUAAGAAAAAUGUCGUAGCGUAUUAUAUCGUUGGAUUCGCUUCAAAAUACUGUAUUUAGUAAUGUUAUGAAAGUGAUAUGUUCCUAUUCUAGUUUUUGAGCUAGGGCAAAAAUACUAAAAUAAUGAAAGUUUACAGCCCUCUAUCAAAAAAGUUUACAAAGAUAAAAUUCAGUUUGUAUUUUUCUGAAAUUAAGUAAAGUAUGUAGAGCCAUUUUAGGAUGAUCAUGGCACUCUAGUUAAAAAAUUAAAAUUUAAUUUAAAAACAAAAUUUGGACAAAACUUGAUUCAAAAGUGGUGCAUUAGGACGUAAAACGAUCUGUAGAUUCCGAAAAACAGAAAAUCUACAGGGUGUGCCAUUUAAAAAUUAAAAGUUCCGGUCAUUUCCGGUAAAACCGGAAGUCAACAAGACCUGUCAAUAAUGCAUAGAAAAGGCGUUUGGUUAGAAUAUCAACCCUACCAAGUUUCAUUCAUAUCGAUAGACAAAUAAAAAAAAUGGCAGCCAGAAAGUGAUCUCGUGGGCACCCGGUAUAAAGGGGAGUGUUAUAGGCUACUUUUUACUCUGGCAAAAUGCACAAUUCCUGUGGGAUCGAUCUGAAGCGUAAAACUUAGGUUAGUUUAAAACUGGGAGGCGUAGUAAUGCAUGUUCUUGAUACACUCCAGCUGGCAAAUAUUGGGUCUCUUAGUUACUUAGCCUUUGGCUGCGAUAAAAAAAUAAAAUAAUGCAUAAAAUCUUCUAACUACAAAGUGUGGGUGGGCAUGGGUAAAAAGUUUCUUAAAAUAGGUACCUAAAAAAAAAUUAUGUAUAAAAAAUUGGCCUAAUUCUCAGUGCUCACUGGUUCUCUGGCAUGAUGAAUUUGCACGUGUUUAUUGUGAUUAGACUUUGUUGUCGAAGUCUUACCACAAAUAUGACAUGAAUAUGGUCUUACCCCACUAUGCACUCGCAUAUGAUCUUUUAAAUAGUAAGAACGAUGAAAUGAUUUAUCACAUACAUUGCAACUGUAGGUCUUAGCGUUUUCGUGCUCCUUCACGUGCCUCUGACAAUUUGAUUUUCUAAUAAACUGGGCCCCACAAUAGUUGCAAGUGUAGGGCCUCAAGCUCUUGUGCGAAUUUAAAUGAGAAAUAUAAUCAGUUUCGCGAAUGUAAGCUCGUUUACACUGCUCGCACUUGAACGGUUUUUGGGUGCGGGACGCGUGAGUCCAUCUGUGCGACUUUAGAUUCCAUUUAGUUGAGAAUGUUUUGUUGCAAAUCGGACAAGUGAACGGUUUUAGGUUGGUGUGAGUUUUAAGGUGAGCAUCCAGAGAUGAUUUUAGGUAAAUUCCCUUGCAUACGUGACAUUCUGCGUUUGAC